GAAGAUGGGCACACGAUGGUAAAAGAGCUCACUGCAUAUCUGUAUCGCGAAUCCCCCUUUGAUAUCCCUGUGAAGGAUGCAAGUAAGCGGCUUGAAUGGUGGAAUCACAUAUCAAAAGACAGUGGUGCUUGUCAGGUUUCGAAACUUGGUAUCAAACUUUUUAGUGUGUCACCAUCCGAGAUGUGCGAUGAGCGAGGCGCCUCCAAGUUGUCAGGCCUUGAUACUGCGAAGCGAAAUGGCUUGACUGGUCAGAACUUAAUUUGGAUGGCUCAGCUUCAACAAUAUUGGCGCCUUCCACUUCCAGCUCUGACUUUGAACGAUCUUCUGAACCCAGCCGGUCCAGAGAUAGACAAGGAAAACCUUAGCUUCAACAUAUCUGAUCCAUAUGGGGCUACAGCACUUGAAGAUGGGGAAAACGAAGACGACGAAGAGAUGGAUGAUACGGGUGUCAUUCCUAUCAUUACUCGAGCCAGCAUUGACUGCCUCAAAAUCAAGUCGCUUGUCAAUUUGUCCUGUGGCAAACUGCUUGAGUGCUACGAUCCGCCAUCGCAGAUGAAGAAUGUUCCGAAGGAGAAGCCAUCGAACACUCAAUCACAACAAGCAUCAAAAAAAUGGAGUGCGAAGGACUCCGAGUGGUCUCUUGACAGUGUCUCCACAAGGUGUCUAAGUGCGGAAGACGAAUGGGACAGUAGUGAAGUUAUUAACAACACCGCCGUUACGCUGUUAGUCCCCGGAGAUCAAGAGUAUAAGAGGGAGGAGCUAAGUAGCAGCCAAGUCAGAGCGGCGGUAUCGCCGGUGACGAGGAGCGGGCCAAAGAACUUAUAAGGUAGAUAUUUAGUUGUUCAAUACUUAUAAUACCUAUGAUACAAGAUAUAAUACGUGUAUUAUACGGUAUUAUACCUAGAAAAAAAAUCGCCUGCGGCGCUUACAUAAUACUGGUAUAAUACAUAUAAUACGAGUGAUAC